AUGCGUCUGUGUUCUACUAGUAUCCUAGCCUUGGGGCUGACUUCACCGGUAGUCGCCUACGAUACAACUUUCAGCUUCAAUAACGCACCGACCGUCGAGAAUAGAACCAUCGACGCUAUCUACCAGGCUGCUCUGGCAGAAGGAGGUGUUGUAACCUGUUGGCAUGGAGGCGACGAACGCAACCAGCAGGAUGCUCUGAAGGCUGCCUUCGAGGAGGCGUUCCCCGGCAUGACACUCAAUAUCACCGUCGACGUCUCCAAGUACCACGAUGGCAAUAUCGAUCGACAACUUGCCAACGGAAACUUAUACGUCGACAGCAUCAUAUUGCAGACCCUGCACGAUUAUCCCCGAUGGGACCAGGAGGGCGCACUCUUGCAUUAUCAACCUCUGGACUUCGACGCCAUCCAUCCUGCCUUCAGAGAUAUCCGCGCCGCAUGGCACGGAGUCUCUAUCUUCGCUUGGACCUUUAUCUGGAACACUGACAAGGUUGAAUCUGGUCCCCAAGAGUUCGUCGAUUUUCUGAAGCCCGAGUUCAAGGACAAGUUGGUCUUGACAUACCCUAACGACGAUGAUGCUGUGCUUUACGCAUUCGACUUGAUCAUGCAGGAGUUCGGCUACGACUGGUUUGAAAAGCUUCUUGAGCAGAACCCCCGUUGGGUCCGUGGAACUGGCACGCCUGUCACCUUACUUGCGGCUAACGGCACUGAGGCUGUUACCUUUACUGCCGGCGUCGGACUGGUUCCAACUGCACCGCUUAACGUUACGAUACCCACCAAGGGUAGUUUUGUGACUUGGGCACAGAGAGCCGCCAUAUUCAAAGAUGCGCCUCAUCAGAACGGUGCCAUGUUGCUGCACAACUUCAUGUUGAGUGAAGAGCACCAGAAGGGGUCUGGUUCCUGGAGCGUCCGUAAAGAUGUUGCCUCCCCUGCCGGCUAUCCCGAUAUCAUGGAUGUCUCGUCAACGAACCCGAUUGAGUUCGAGCGAUUCAUGGGGGACCGUGUCCGUGUCGAGAGACUCAAGUUGUUCUUUGAAGACAAGCUGGGUACUGCGACGGGUCUCAGCCCCCUCAUCGAUAAUCUGUAA